AUGCGUGCCAGAAACCUCCAUUCUCCUUUUCAAAGACAACAUAUGAUGGAUUGUGAUCUCUCAGCGCAGCAGGACACGGGGACCAUGCAAGCUGUAAUUGGUCAGGAUCCAAUGAUAGCUGGACAAGUCAGUAAGCCCUUGCUGUCAGUGCGGAGUGAAAUGAAUGCGGAGUUGAGAGGUGAGGACAAGGCUGCUACUUCAGACAGCGAGCUGAAUGAGCCCCUGCUUGCGCCAGUGGAAUCAAAUGACAGCCAGGACACUCCCAGCAAGCUCUUCGGGGCCAGAGGAAACCCAGCCCUCUCAGACCCAGGCACUCCUGACCAGCACCAGGCCAGUCAGACCCACCCCCCAUUUCCAGUUGGGCCACAGCCACUUCUGACGGCACAGCAGUUAGCCUCUGCUGUCACCGGCGUGAUGCCAGGAGGCCCCCCAGCCCUCAAUCAGCCAAUCCUCAUCCCCUUCAACAUGGCCGGACAGCUAGGGGGUCAACAAGGACUGGUUCUCACACUGCCAACAGCGAAUCUCACCAACAUCCAAGGGCUGGUAGCAGCAGCUGCAGCUGGAGGCAUUAUGACUCUGCCAUUGCAAAAUCUACAAGCUACCUCAUCCCUGAGCUCCCAGCUCCAGCAGCUCCAGCUCCAGCUCCAGCAGCAGCAGCAGCAGCCGCCCGCCCCGCCGCCCGGCCAGCCCCCGCAGCAGGCCCCGCAGCCCGCCCCGCCCCAGCAGCCGCCGCCCGCCUCCCAGCAGCUGCCCGCUCCGGCCUCGCAGCCGCCGCAGGCCCCGCAGCCCCCGCAGCAUCCACCCCACUCCCAUCCCCAGAACCAGAACCAACCGUCUCCGACCCAGCAGAGCUGCAGCCCCCCGCAGAGACCCAGUCAGUCUCCGGGACAUGGCCUUCCCUCGCCGCUCACGCCGCCCAAUCCUCUGCAGCUGGUUAAUAAUCCACUAGCAAGUCAGGCUGCAGCAGCUGCCGCAGCCAUGAGCUCCAUUGCAGGCUCACAGGCCUUUGGCAAUGCCCUCUCCAGUCUUCAGGGGGUCACAGGUCAACUAGUUACUAAUGCACAAGGACAGAUUAUUGGGACCAUCCCGCUGAUGCCUAAUCCAGGGCCAUCGAGCCAAGCAGCGAGCGCUACUCAGGGCCUUCAAGUGCAGCCAAUCACCCCCCAGCUCCUGACAAACGCUCAAGGCCAGAUCAUCGCCACAGUCAUUGGGAACCAGAUCCUGCCGGUGAUCAACACCCAGGGCAUCACGCUGUCGCCCAUCAAGCCAGGCCAGCAGCUCCACCAACCCUCCCAGACGUCAGUGGGUCAAGCAGCCUCCCAAGGCAACCUUCUGCACCUGGCUCACAGCCAAGCGUCCAUGUCUCAAAGUCCAGUCCGGCAGGCUUCCUCUUCUUCCUCCUCAUCCUCCUCUUCUUCAGCUUUGAGCGUGGGCCAGUUAGUCAGCAAUCCUCAAAUGGCAGCGGGUGAGGUGGAUGGGGUUAAUCUGGAGGAGAUCCGAGAAUUUGCCAAAGCUUUUAAAAUCCGACGCCUGUCCCUUGGCCUGACCCAGACUCAGGUGGGCCAGGCCCUCAGUGCUACAGAGGGGCCCGCGUACAGCCAGUCGGCCAUCUGCAGACACACCAUCCUGAGAAGCCACUUUUUCCUACCACAGGAAGCCCAAGAGAACACUAUAGCUAGCAGUCUGACAGCCAAACUGAACCCUGGCCUUUUGUAUCCUGCCAGGUUUGAAAAGCUGGACAUCACCCCUAAAAGUGCCCAGAAGAUCAAGCCGGUGCUUGAGCGGUGGAUGGCCGAGGCUGAGGCCCGCCAUCGCGCAGGUAUGCAGAACCUGACCGAGUUUAUCGGGAGCGAACCGUCCAAAAAGCGCAAGCGGCGCACCUCCUUCACACCCCAGGCCCUAGAGAUCCUUAAUGCUCACUUUGAGAAGAACACGCACCCCUCCGGGCAGGAAAUGACGGAAAUUGCCGAGAAGCUGAACUAUGACCGGGAAGUAGUUAGGGUUUGGUUCUGCAAUAAGAGGCAGGCCCUGAAGAACACGAUCAAACGCUUGAAACAGCACGAGCCGGCCUCGGCCGUGCCCCUGGAGCCCUUAACAGACUCUCUGGAGGAAAACUCGUAAAGAGACGCAAAAUCCACAGAAACUAAACCCCUCCACCCUCGGGACGCCGCAAAAACAAACACACAAACAAAAACAAAAAGAAGAAAAAAGAAAUGAAAUUCAAUUUCAAAACAGCCCCAGUCAUCAUCACUCUUGUAAGUAAAAGACUAAGAAAACUACCAAGUGGACAGAAUGGUUAGUACGUGUCCGGUGGUUUUUCCAAAAAGGAAAAGGAAAAUUUAUAAACAAGGAGUAAAUACCACCACCCUGGAGGUG